AUGCGGCUGUCUACUUCCACCCUCCUGUUGGGUGCCGCCUCGUCCGCGGUCGGUCUGCAGGACCAAAAGGUUCUCAGUAAACCCAAGUCCUCAACCUUCGGCUCCGACUUCAACGUGGUUGGCAAUGUGGAUUUUGAUGCUUGGACUAAGCCCUUGAAGGAGGCAUUUGGCGAGGCUACCUCCGAGGCCAAGGCGAUAUGGGACGAAGUUGCCAUGCUCGCCCCCGAUGCCGUCGAUGCCUUCAAGAAGCAUGUCAUGAAUUCCAAGCCCAAGAAGCACUCGCGUAUCUCUGACAACAAGUGGGAUCAUGUCGUUCAUGGCGCUGAUGUCCAGGAUAUCUGGGUUGAGAACGAAAGGGGCGAGUCUCACCGCAAGGUCGGAGGAAAGCUCGACAACUUCAGUCUUCGUGCUAAGAAGGUUGAUCCUUCUAAGCUCGGCGUCGACAAGGUGAAGCAGUACAGCGGCUACCUCGACGACAAUGAACAAGACAAGCAUCUGUUUUACUGGUUCUUUGAAUCGCGCAAUGACCCCGAGAACGAUCCCGUGGUCCUCUGGCUUAACGGUGGCCCAGGUUGCUCAUCACUCACAGGACUUUUCAUGGAGCUCGGCCCUGCUUCCAUCAAUGACAAGAUCGAGGUCGUCCACAACCCAUACUCAUGGAAUGCCAACGCAUCGGUCAUUUUCCUCGACCAGCCCGUCAAUGUGGGCUACUCAUAUGGUAGUGGUACAGUCAGCAACACUGUCGCUGCCGGCAAGGAUAUCUAUGCCCUCCUGACCCUCUUCUUCCACCAGUUCCCAGAGUACGCUAAGCAGGACUUCCACAUUGCUGGUGAAUCUUACGGCGGACACUACAUCCCCGUUUUCGCCUCGGAAAUUCUGUCACACAAGGAUCGCAACAUUAACCUCAAGAGCGCCCUGAUUGGAAAUGGUCUGACCGAUGGCUACACUCAGUACGAGUACUAUCGCCCAAUGGCAUGUGGCGAAGGUGGCUACCCUGCCGUUCUUGAUGAGACUCAGUGCCGCAGCCUCGACAACGCCCUCCCUCGUUGCCAGUCCUUGAUUCAAUCUUGCUACAACUCUGAGAGCGUCUGGACCUGUGUUCCCGCCAGCAUCUACUGCAACAAUGCCAUGAUUGGACCUUAUCAACGCAGCGGCCGCAAUCCUUAUGAUGUUCGCAUUGACUGCAAGGGCGGUAGCUUGUGCUACGAGGAACUUGAGUAUAUUUCUGAGUGGUUGAACAAGGCCGAGGUUAUGGAGGCUCUCGGUGCUGAGGUUGAAACCUACGACAGCUGCAAUUUUGACAUCAACCGCAACUUCUUGCUUCAGGGUGACUGGAUGAAGCCGUACUUCAAGCUUGUUCCUCAGAUCCUGGACGAGAUCCCCGUCUUGAUCUACGCUGGCGACGCCGACUUUAUCUGCAACUGGCUUGGAAACCAAGCCUGGACGAACAAGCUCGAAUGGUCUGGCCACAAGGGCUUCUCUGGGGCCAACAGCAAGGGUGUCAAGAUUAGCUCCGGCAGUAAGACCAAGGAGUAUGGUAAGCUCAAGUCGUACGGCAACCUAUCAUUCCUUCAGGUUUACAAGGCCGGCCACAUGACCCCUUUCGACCAGCCCAAGGCAUCUCUAGACUUCCUCAACCGCUGGUUGGGUGGCAGCUUGAAGGCGUAA